GGGAGUGGGCGGGCCACUUCUUGUUCUAUUCUACCUUGGGGCCUUCGUCCAGGGGUGCGGAAGCGGGCAGAAGCGGUCCAGGAAGGCAGCUGUUACAGACCCUCCCUAAACAUAGCUAGGGGGCCGUAAGUAACCAGGGCCGGCGUGUUCCUCAGGCCGCUCUAGCUAAAGGAACCAUAAAGAUCACAUUGCGACUUCUUCAUUUCCUCGUCUCUGUGGCUCCGCCUCCAGCUUCCGGUUCCGGGGAGGGGCCAAGUUGUCUUCCAGGUUUGGGGGCUCCGCAAUCCAGCUAGAAUGGCUGUAGUACCGCUGCUGCUGUUCGGGGGUUUGUGGGGCGCUGUGGGAGCAUCCAAUCUGGCUGUUGUUACUUGUGGCUCUGUGGUGAAGCUUCUCAAUACGCGCCACAACGUCCGACUGCACUCACACGACGUGCGCUAUGGGUCAGGUAGUGGUCAGCAGUCAGUAACAGGUGUAACCUCUGUGGACGACAGCAACAGUUACUGGAGGAUACGGGGGAAGACUGCCACAGUGUGUGAGAGGGGAACCCCCAUCAAGUGUGGCCAGCCCAUUCGGCUGACACAUGUCAAUACUGGUCGAAACCUCCAUAGUCACCAUUUCACUUCACCUCUUUCUGGAAACCAGGAAGUGAGUGCUUUUGGUGAGGAAGGUGAAGGAGAACAAUAUGGCCGACCCAUCAGUGGACAAAAAGAGGUGCAUGGUAUGGCUCAGCCAAGCCAGAACAACUACUGGAAAGCCAUGGAAGGCAUCUUCAUGAAGCCCAGUGAGUUGCUGAAGGCAGAAGCCCACCAUGCAGAGCUAUGAAUGUAGAGACUCUCAGCCAUUGUCACCACACAGUGUUUAUAGACAUAAUCUCUGCUUCACCCUGGGAACCCUGCCACAAGUUUCCUGGGCAGUGGCCAUAUCAGCACUGAGAUGUAGAUGCAUGACAGAAAAUAGUGGUUGUGUUUGGAAGCUUCAGCCCUUCACACUUUAAUUGGUUGCUUUCCCAGACUUGGGUCAGUUCUUUCUGAGGACAUGUUGGUGAAGGAACAAAUGCUUUUUAUUCACACUGAUAAAACAUACUGCAGAGGACAUCCCUCUUAGCUGGGAUACUUUUACUCCUUAAGAGCUUGGCGUUGUGGAUUGUUAAUGUGUGUGACUUUACCCCUAUUCUUUCUCCAAUAUGAUUUUUUAGAAAAGAAUUUUCUACUAGUCACUGUGUUGUUAUUUAUCAGAUGUGCUAUUUCAUGAUUUGCUUAAUCCUCAAGUCAUAAGAUAACUUUUGAGAUGCUGGGAACCUUCAACAUGGCCCCCUACCACUUUUUUUUUUCUUUUCUUGA